AGUCAGGGUCUCUCUCUGCCUUUCUGUCUUGUCUCUAAUCUAGCGUUCCUGAUCCGAUUUUCUGUUUUUCCAUGGAAAACCUGUACCAUUUCCUUGGUAUCAUAUUCUUCAUUUUUCUCACCAUCAAGCUUUUAACUCAAAGGAAGCAAAAUUUGCCUCCGAGUCCCUUUACUCUGCCAAUCGUUGGCCACCUUCACCUCAUCAAAAACCCGCUCUACCAAUCACUGGAGACCUUAUCAUCAAAGUACGGCCCUGUUUUAUUUCUCAGAUUUGGUUGCAGGCGUGUCCUUGUUAUAUCUUCUCCUUCUGCUGUCGAAGAAUGCUUCAACAAGAACGAUAUAAUUUUUGCAAACCGGCCUCGGACUAUGGCUGGGGAUCUUCUGACGUAUAACUAUGUUGCUUUCGUGUGGGCUCCUUACGGACCUCUUUGGCGGAACCUCCGCCGUCUAAGCGUUGUCGAAAUUUUCUCUUCAAAAAGCGUUCAAAGGUUUUCUUCCAUACGUGAAGAAGAAGUUGCCAACUUUAUUCGUCACUUGUUUAAAGUCUCUGCGGCUAACGGCACCCAAAAGGUGGACUUGAAGUACUUGUCUUGUCUUCUGACAACGAAUGUCAUGUUGAGGGUGGUGGCGGGAAGGCGUGGUGUUGACGAUGCUACGGACAUGGAGGCUGAAGAAAAGGUAUUCCUCCGGGAAUUUAAGAAUAUAUUCUUCCCAAACUUGGCAACGAACAUAUGUGAUUUCUUCCCAAUUUUGAGGCGGGUUGGUUUCAAAGGGAUUGAAAAGAACAUGAGAGAAUUGCACAGGAGGAGAGAAGAAUACAUUCGGAAUCUAGUAGAUGAAAUUAGAUUAAGGAAAACUAGUUCUUCUGCUGACGUUCCUGAGAUAGAGGAAGAGGGAAAGAAUCCUUCGCUCAUCGAAAAGCUUCUUUCUAUUCAAGAAGAAGAUCCUGACUUCUGUUCCAAUGAAGUCAUCAAGAGCAUGGCAUUGAUGAUGUUCGUCGCAGGAACUGAAACGACGGCAGUUACAAUGGAAUGGGCAAUGUCACUCCUAUUGAAUCAUCCGGAGGCGUUGCAGAAGGUGAGAGCAGAGAUCGUCAGCCAUGUUGGACAUGAGCGCCUGCUAAAUGAAUCAGAUCUUGCCAAGCUACCCUAUCUUCGUUGCGUUGUAAGUGAAACACUCAGGUUAUAUCCUCCAGCACCGGUUUUGUUGCCUCAUUGCUCAUCUGAAGAUUGCAUGGUGGGUGGAUAUGAGAUACCAAAGGGCACACAGCUCUUGGUCAAUGCUUGGGCCAUCCAUAGGGAUCCUAGUAUAUGGGAGGAGCCAACCAAGUUCAAGCCUGAAAGGUUUGAGGGAGCUUUCGUAGAGAAAGAAGGAUUGAAAUAUCUGCCAUUUGGACUUGGGAGGAGAGCUUGUCCAGGCGCGACCAUGGGCAUGCGGUUAGUUUUGUUGGCCCUAGGUGCAGCUGUACAAUGCUUUGAAUGGGAAAAGGAAGGGCCAGAAAAGGUGGAUAUGAGCCCAGGUACCGGAAUGGUUAUGUCAAGGGCUAGGCCAUUGGAGGCUUUAUGUUGUCCACGUCCUGAUUUGAUUAAACUUCUCUCCCAAUUUUAGAAGUCCGGACUUUUAACUACAAUUUAGAGCUUCCAAAGAGUUUGAGAUUGUAAGUUUGAAUAACUAAAUAAGUGCUACGGAGAUUGGCCUUCUUUCUAAAAUAAGUUGAUGCUAUGUAAAGAUUGCUGUUGUUGAAUUUACUUUUCUUUGGGAUAAAUUAGUAGGCGAUGUGAAUUUUCACCGAUACCCAGUGUAUCAAAAUAAAAUUUGAACAUACCUUAAGAAUUCCGUAUCUAA